AUGGGAAAUUGUUUCAAAUUUUGCAGAAAAUCGUACGAAAAAGAGUCAAUUCCAAUUCUAAUAUUGGGCUUAAAAGAGUCAGGAAAAACCGAAAUUGCCUAUCGACUAAUGAAUAAGAAACGAGAGGAAUUUUUAUCGACAAAAGGAUGUCGCACGUUUUCAACAAAAAUAGACAAGCGAUUAAUUAAAUUUACAGAACUUGGUGGUGAAGAGUUUUACGACAUAUGGAAGUAUUAUUUUCUUGAUGUUAUGGGAAUUAUAUACAUCAUCGAUUCCUCUGAUCCAUACAGUUUGGAGCGUUCGAAAGAAAUAUUUGGAGCAAUCAUGUCCAAUGAUUUAUUAACAGGCAAGCCGACAUUGAUUUUUGCAAAUAAACAGGAUCAACCAGGUGCACUAGAUUCACUUGAUAUCUGUGACUACUUUGAGAUUGAAUAUCUUGCGAAUCUCUUUCGUACGCCAUGCUAUGUUGAGGGCAGUGGACAAUAUGAGGAAACUUAUGAUUCACAAGUUGCCAGAAAUGCCUUAAAUUGGCUAUUGAAGACCAUAAAUAAAAAUUACAAAAGUAUACAAAAUAAAAUUCGAUUCUUGCGUGUCGUCACCCAAAAUGAGUCUUUAAGCAGCAAUGAAGAAAUACCACGAAAAUCACGACGUCCAGCAACUGGCAAGCGAAAGAAAAAGCUUCGAUUUUCUCAAAAUAGACCAAAAACCGCACCGAAUGCUAAAGUAAGUUUUUCUAAGGACAACAAUUUUUUAACGUCAUCAAAUUUGGCAUCGUCACUACGUCCAAAGAAGAGCAAUCAAGUUUCUCCGCUUAUUGGAGAAACAUUUUCGUACAUAAAUUAUGACGGUGCGUGCGAACGACAAAUUCGCCAAGGAUUAAAAGGUGGCUUAAUCAAUGGUAUUAUUACGAUAUCGGAAAUGACGGAAUUGCGACGUAAAAUCACUCGAUUUUCUAACAUCACUGGUGCUGAUUUAGAGAAUCCUCGUUUAUAUCAUCCUUGUGGAUUAACGAUUCUUAUUGUUGGAGCAAUUUCAAUUGUAACAAUACAAAUUAACGGUAUUUAUACAGCAUGGCCGAACAUACUAAAGAUUUGUCAGACUUUAUUCUUUGUUCCAUUGACUCUCCAAGUUUUUUCGAGAUCUGUUAAUCGGUUUGGAUUAAAUGAUGAAGCUAUUAAUCUUGAACUGCAAAGGAGACUCGAAAAAUUUUGUAAGAGCCAUGAAGCAAACUUGAUACAUCGGAUAAUUUUGAUGAAAAAGCUAGACAUUUACUCGGAUAUUUUUAAUAUUUUUUUAUUGGGAUAUUUUGUUCUUGUUCAUUCGCCAUUUGUUGGCAUGAUUGCAUCUGCUGUUACCACAGGAUCAUAUCAACUUAUAGUACCACUCUACAUACCAUUAAUUGAUCCUAAUAAGCUAUUUGGAUUCAUAAUUAAUGCGAUUGUUCAGCUCAUAUUUCAAGAAAUCACUUUUCUAUCUCUUCUUGCUUUGGAUUUCCAGUUAACUUUUUAUAGCUUUCAAAUAUCUUUAAUGUUUGACAUCCUUACAUGGAAGUUUAAGGAUUUUGGUCACAGCUUGGCUAUCAAGCACUUAUAUUCACAAAAAAUUUUUAAAACAUUCAUAAAGAAGCAAAUCAUAAAGAAGAAGUCACUUCUAAUCCAAAAUGAUAGGCACAACUUAAUUCAGUUGAUUAAAGAAUAUUACAAGAUUACAGACUUCACAUCUUUGCUGUUUAAGGAGAUGAAGAUUCCUGUAUUUACUACAAUAACAUCUGGAGGACUCGCUUUAUGUCUUUCCACAUUAUCGAUGCUUUCGUACUCAAAAGUUAUUGGAGCUAUUGCAUUUUUCUUCUAUUUAACGCAAAUUGCAAAUUCUUGCAUUCUCGUAACUUUUGUCAUUCAUCAAUAUGAAAAGUUUUUGGAUGAAAUUUAUGGAUUUCCAUGGUAUUUGCUGUCAAAGUCUGAACAGAAAAUAUUUUUACAAUUCGUACAAAGUUGUCAAAAUUAUGAGGAUUUUGAGUUAACGAUGAUUGGAAAGAUUGACAUGGAAUUAUUCACGACAGUUGUCAACACUGGCUAUUCAUAUUUUAUGUUUAUUUGGAACUUUGUGGAAAUUAGUAACAACUAUUUUUAA